CCAUUUCCGUGGCUUAUAUUUCUUUCUUUCAUUCUCCACUUUUCCAAUCCCACGUAUUACCAAAGUGAAAUGGUAUAGAAACUAAUUUUUUGAAACAAAUAGUUUGAAGUUUAAACUCGUCCCGGUUUGUCAGUCUGCUAUUUUAACCGCUUUAUUGAGAUCGAGAGAUAUCGUGGAAGAUGGAUUAUGAACAAGGUAUUAACUUUACUGUUUAUGGUUCAAAAGAGCCUCCGCCAUUAAAGGGUAACAAAAUUCGACUAUACAGCAACCGGUUUUGUCCGUAUGCUCAACGAGUGGCAUUAGUGUUGGAUGCUAAAAAGAUUCCAUAUGAAGUAGUCAAUAUAAAUUUAUCAAAUAAACCUGAAUGGUUAUUUGAUAAAGUACCAGGUGGAAAGGUUCCAGCUCUGGAAGUUGAAAAUGGAGAAGUAUUAUGGGAAAGUUUAAUCAUUGCGGAUUACAUUGAAGAUAGAUACCAUCAACAUCCUCUUUAUCCCAAAGAUCCUUUACAAAAGGCAAAAGAUAGGAUCCUUAUAGAACAAUUUAACAGGAUAAUUAAUACAAUGUACCGAAUGAUGGUGAGUAUUGGUCGAAUGAAUAUCAAUGAUGACGAAGUUAUAACGAAAGGUCUGUCAACUUUCGAAAAGGAACUAAAAGAUAGAGGAACUCCCUUCUUUGGAGGCACCAAACCGGGCAUGUUAGAUUUAUUGAUAUGGCCCUGGUGUGAAAGAGCGGACAUUUUAAAAGUGUUUGGCAACCAACAUCUACUACGAAGGGACAGAUAUAAGAAAUUGUUGGAGUGGCGCAAUCAGAUGAGUGAAGAAGCUAUCGUGAAAAAGAGUUUACUUCAUUCAGAUUACCACAUUAAAUAUUUGCAAUCAUAUAGAGCAGGAAUGCCUGAUUACGAUUUAAUUUUAAACUCCAAUUAAACCGCAAACAAACUUUAUAUAUAAUAUAUCCUCACUUUAUAUACUUUCAAAAUGGCGCAAGUAUAUGUACUUGGUAAAGAAAACUGUUGUCAAUAUCACAUCCUACCUUACUGCGACUUUAUUAUAAUAAGUAAUAUUCACUUAAGCCUUAUACAUUUACAAAAUAUAUUUUGCAAAUUUUGUUCAUUUUAUAAAUAUACGUUAAUUAUUUAUUAUUGUGGCAUGGAUGGUUGAACAUAAUUACUAACUUUAAAAGAUAGAAAAUUUAUUGAUUUAUAUGUAGUAUCUAAGAAGAUAGGGUUGACUCCAAUCAGGAUAAAAUAUUAAUAUCAACUAUUUUUAUUUUAUUUUAAUCCAAGGUUUAUGAAAGUAAAAAUAUCUGAUUUGUUUAGAAAUCUACGAUGGAACAAAAAUUGCAAUUAAAUAUUCAAACUUGACUUUCACUAGCUUCAUUUGAUUUUUACAUAAAAGCCUAAAAAUCUGUGUUAUAUACCUACAUUUUAUGCAGGUUUAUAUUUAAUACGUGCAUUUUUCUUCAUACUAUUUAGAAUAAAUUUCAUAAAAUUGUGCACUAGAAUUAUUUUUUUUUUGAGGCUCAGUAUAACUCUUGAGGCUCGUGUAGCACCAUAAAGCCAGAAAUUAAUCAUGUUUUACAUUUAAUUUUGAAUAAAUUUCCAAUAUGGUAUAUUUUAUAUCAAACAUAACUAUUUUAAUACUUUCAGAAUGAAUGUGAAUAAAAUUUUUGUUACUACUUUUUUGUAUAUUAAUGGUGCUGGUACUUAGAAGUAUAAUAAAUAUUUUUUGAAAAAAAAAA